AUGAAAGAACAACGUAGUGACUAUCAUUCACCACGUAAACCAGAUUAUAAUUAUGAUAGUAAUUUAAGCGAAUAUAAAUUACAUACGCCAUACGAUAGACAAUAUGGUGCUCAACAAACCGGUAGACAAGUACAAGUUGUCAAAACAAGUGGAUGUUGUAAAAGAGGUGAUCAAAAACGAAUACCUCCACCAUCAACAAUUCAACCAUCUUAUCGUACAACUAAUCGAGUAACAAAACGAUCAACAAAUCAGGUGGGAAAUAGUCAUCGUGUUACAAAUGGUGCUGUUGAUAAACAUCAAAUGACUUCUCAUGAGAGAAGUCAUAGACGAUUAGAUCCAAAUUAUGAUGAUAUACACAGAUAUUCAAAUAAUCCAGAUUAUCAGAAUCCGAAAAAGAAACGGGCCCAGGUGAUACAUAGGGAGAGAGAAGCUCAAAUAACAUAUCAACAUAACAAUCAAAAUUAUUAUCAACAAGAACAACAAGUGCCCAUAGCUCACAAAAAGAAUUCCAAAUGUUGUUGUACUAUCAUUUAA